AUGGUGAAGAUCUGCUGCAUUGGAGCUGGAUAUGUUGGUGGACCUACUAUGGCUGUGAUUGCACUCAAGUGCCCAGAUAUUGAAGUAGCAGUUGUUGACAUUUCUGUGUCACGGAUCAAUGCCUGGAAUAGCGAUCAGCUCCCCAUAUAUGAGCCAGGCCUUGAUGAUGUGGUGAAGCAGCGCAGGGGAAAGAACCUAUUCUUCAGUACAGAUGUUGAAAGACAUGUUAUGGAGGCAGAUAUUGUCUUUGUUUCUGUAAACACACCUACCAAAACCCAGGGUCUUGGAGCUGGCAAAGCAGCUGAUCUCACCUAUUGGGAGAGUGCUGCUCGUAUGAUUGCAGAUGUAUCAAAGUCUGACAAAAUUGUGGUUGAGAAAUCAACAGUCCCUGUCAAAACAGCUGAGGCCAUUGAAAAGAUUCUGACUCACAACAGCAAAGGCAUCAACUUCCAAAUUCUUUCCAAUCCUGAAUUCCUUGCUGAGGGAACUGCAAUUGAAGAUCUUUUCAGUCCAGACCGGGUCCUCAUUGGAGGUAGGGAAACUCCAGCAGGUCAAAAGGCAAUUCAAGCACUCAAGGAGGUUUAUGCCCAUUGGGUCCCUGAAGAACGAAUUAUUUGCUCUAACCUGUGGUCUGCUGAGCUUUCAAAGCUUGCUGCCAACGCCUUCUUGGCACAGAGGAUAUCUUCUGUUAAUGCCAUUUCAGCACUCUGUGAGGCAACUGGUGCAAAUGUCACUGAAGUGGCACAUGCUGUUGGCAAGGACACAAGAAUUGGGCCUAAGUUUUUGAACGCCAGCGUUGGUUUUGGUGGAUCUUGCUUCCAGAAGGACAUCUUGAACUUGGUAUACAUCUGUGAGUGUAAUGGCCUUCCUGAGGUAGCAAAUUACUGGAAACAGGUCAUUAAGAUCAAUGAUUACCAGAAGUCCCGCUUUGUGAACCGAGUAGUUUCCUCAAUGUUCAACACAGUAUCAGGCAAGAAGGUUGCAAUUCUGGGAUUUGCCUUCAAGAAGGACACCGGUGACACUAGGGAGACCCCAGCCAUUGACGUGUGCAAAGGGCUGUUGGGUGACAAGGCCCGAUUGAGCAUAUAUGACCCACAGGUGAGUGAGGAUCAGAUCCAGAGGGAUCUUUCUAUGAAGAAGUUUGAUUGGGACCAUCCUAUUCAUCUUCAACCUCAGAGCCCCACUGCUGUGAAGCAAGUUGGUGUAGUCUGGGAUGCUUAUGAGGCAACAAAGGGUGCUCAUGGGAUUUGCAUCCUGACCGAAUGGGACGAAUUUAAGAGUCUUGAUUACAAGAAAAUUUAUGAUCAGAUGCAGAAACCUGCAUUUGUGUUUGAUGGACGGAACGUCGUGGAUGCGGAGAAGCUGAGGCAAAUUGGGUUUAUUGUUUAUUCAAUUGGAAAGCCCCUGGAUGAGUGGCUCAAGGACAUGCCUGCUGUGGCAUAA